GUUGAAAUUGGUGACGGAGAAGAAGGUCGUUGUCUUGUUUUUUGAACAAUGCCGCGAAAGAUUUCUUUGGCGGAACAGUACUCGGACUUUAAAGAUCAAACUCCUGUUGACGUCGUGGUCUCCAACAAUGACGCGGGAGCAAUACCGAUGGAGAAGAAACCAAAUAGGCUUGAAAAUGACGAGGAAGAAGGUCGAGUUACCAUGGAUAAGAACAUAACGCUAAUAAGAGGAACCUGUAUUAUCGUCAGCACCAUCAUCGGAACAGGUAUUUUCAUCACACCGAAUGUGAUCUCAAAGAAUGUGGAGUCUCCAGCUAUGUCAAUACUGGUCUGGUUUGGGGGAGGUUGUGUGGCAACAAUCGGAGGAAUUACGUUUUGUGAGUUGGGUACAAUGUUUCCCAGUAACGGAGCCGAAAUAACCUACUUACGGAAAGCUUACGGCAUGAUGGUAUCUUUUCUUUCCUGUUUUCUCUUACAACUCUGUAUCGGGGGACUCAGGCGAGCUAUCCAGUUUCUAUCGUUCUCGAAAUACUUUUGGGCGAUAUUCUACGACGCUAAGCAAGGAGAAGCUCCUCCUUGGAUACUGGACAAAGCUGUGUGUAUUUUAGUAUUAACGGCGAUAAUUGCAAUAAUCAUGAUAUAUCCGAAAGUGACGUUAAAAAUAAUCAACGUGAUGACGGCGGCAAAGCUUAUAUCUGUAUCAGUUAUAAUUGCUCUCGGAAUCUUCAAACUUAGUAAAGGUGAGUUUGAGAAUAUAAGUCAAGGUUUUAAUGGAACCAACUGGAAUCCUGAACAGUGGGGCAAUGCUUGGAACUCUGUUUUAUGGUCUUACAACGGCUGGAACGUGGUUUGUAUUCUGCUCGGAGAAGUGAAGGAUCCCUCGAUCUUACCAAAGAUAGUUGGGUUGUCGGUAGCGAUAGUAACAUUCUUCUACAUGCUCACUGUGAUCAGCUAUCACGCUGUCCUUGAUAUGAAUACCAUGAAUACUGCUACAGUUGCUGUUGCCAGUGAGGCUGCUAGAGUGUAUCUUGGGGAAAGUGGAGUAAUAUUCUUUGCUGUUGCAGUAGCAGUCUCCGCACUCGGAAACACUAUGUGUUCACUGUUGGGAACAAGUCGUUAUCUACAAGCAGCAGGCGCUCAGGGUGUUCUCCCAGGGGUUUUCGGUCUCAUCAGCAAGCGCUUCAGAACACCAGUAUUUGCUCUCUUCUACAUGUUUUUAGCGACGACACUGUUUGUGUUAGUGGGUGACUUGUCAAGCUUGAUAAACUCAGCCACCUACACCAGCUUUGCAUUCACCACUCUGUGCUCUAUCGGGGUCAUUGUGAUGAGGUACACUAAACCAAACCAUCCGAGACCUAUUAAGGUGUGGCUGAUAUUCCCCAUGAUAACCGCCACCUUUGGUAUCUACAUGUUUAUCAUCCCCUGGUUCAGCGAUACCCGGGCUAUGAACGCCUUGUGGCUGGCUAUAACCAUAGUGGGCGGUAUCCCCGUCUACUUCGCUUGUGUCAACAAGAAGUACAGGAUCCAGGCUCUCGUCAAUUUCUCAGAGAAAGUCACGGCGUUUGUUGGAAAGCAUUUGAACUCCGAAGUUAACCUGCAAUGAGAAGGAUAUUAUAAUUCAGUGGUGUGAAUUGCACAGGAUAUUUAAGUUGAAUGAGAUCCAAACGUGAUUGUUCAGAUUUAUGAGCUUGAGUAAUGGUGUAAACUCAUGGAGAUAAUGACUCUAAAUGAGACUGAGAUAUGGUAUUUUGAGAUUAAGUUUUGAGGACUGUUUCGUAGUUCUUUUUAAUAUGUAUACUGGACAGUUUAGUUGAACUGAUGUGAAUUUUAGAGUGUCUUUAGAGCCAUCUCAGACACACAAAAUGAUGAUCAAGGGCGACAUGUUACCACUUUUAAAAGAAAAUUGUACGCCGCAAAUUGCUGUGGCAAAAGUAUUUCCUAGUGGUAAUCCUAUUAGAAGCUAUUUUACGCAUACAGAUUUUUAAUUCCCCAAAAUGGUUGACGAAACUGUUCACUUUUGACAUUUUUUAGCGUUUCGAUAAAGUUCAGUAGUAAAAUUUUGCUUGUUAUCCGAAACUGUAUAAUCUUAUGGAGCCAAGCUUAUCAACAAA